AUGGCACCUAUGACGCCCCGUCUCAAGAUUCUUGCAGUUGGCGGAAACCCGGUCUCUGCCUUUCUCUCCUGGCGACUUCAGGCCACAAACGCCUGCGAUGUUACCCUAGUCUGGAAAUCGGGAUACGAGCAUGUCUCUCAAUACGGCAUCUCUUUCAAGUCGCCUAUAUUCGGCAAUGAGCGCUUUAAGCCUCGUCACGUGGUCCGAAACCCCGAAGACGCUUCCAAUGUCCGUGACGGCCCUUUCGAUUACGUCGUCUUGUGCGUAAAGGCCCUACCCGACGUGUACGACCUGGCCGCUGUUAUCGACUCUGUCGUAACGCCCCAGCAUACCUGCAUUCUUAUCAACACAACACACACACUGGGCGUCGAAGCCGCCAUCGAAGAGCGUUACCCCACAAACGUCGUUCUUUCGUUAGUCUCUGGUGCCGAGCUUACCCAGCUCGGGCCAAGCGAAUUCGAGCACAAGGGCUCGACCGAUGUCUGGGUUGGUCCGGCCAACAAGCAUAGCAAUAUUCCCCCAGCUAUACAAGAGGACAUGGCACAGGCUCUGGCCAUGACUCUUAGCACCGGCCAGGUCGACUGCAAAGUGUCGCCGAACAUUCGUCAGCAACAAUAUGAACGCGUUAUUGGUCCGAUUGCUUUCCACCCUGUCAGCGUGCUCUUUGAAACCCCCAACCAAUCCGUUCUUCUAGACAAGGUCGGCGUCAAGGACAUGGUCACUGGCAUUAUCGACGAGCUUCUCCUCCUCGCCGAGGCCAAUGGCUGCAAAUUCGACAUUGACUUCAAGCAGAGUGUAAUGGGCGACAUGACAAAGACGAAUCUUCCAGAAAGUAUUAUGUGGCAAGACUAUGUCGCUAGACGCCCGAUGGAAAUCGAGACGUAUCUGGGAUCCCCCAUCAAGCUCGCUCACGAAGCCAAGGUUCCCGUUCCCAGAAUCGAGACACUUUACGCCAUUAUGCACAACUUGAAUGUGGUCAAUAGGAACCGGCCCAAGACCGGAGACGUUCCUGUUGUUAUGCCCCCAAGCUCCCCAACCGUCGGUCAGCCUCCACGCCUGCCAUCCCAGAAUGGCCACCGUCCAAUGAUGGGCGGCAUGCCAAAUGGAAAUGGUAUGCCACCGCGCCAGGUUCGUCCACGUAACUCUUCCAACUUCGGCCCCCCCGGGCCAAUGCGACGCGGACCUCCUCCUAUGAACGGCGGCCCAAACGGCAUGGGGCGCCCACCACCGCACAUGAAUGGCGGAUCCCGAGCUCCCUCGCGACGUGGAUCCAUGGACGGCAAUGAUCUCGAAGAAUUUUCGCAUCUUGUCCUCUACGACGACAUUCCCGAAGGCCAUGAACAAGGUUUUGGCGCCGACGGCGGUGACAUUGGGUUGCGUGAGAGAGAGUUGCAGCUCAGACAGAGAGAACUAGCUCUCAAAGAGCAGGAGAUGCGCAUGCGACGCGGCCCUCCUCCGGGGCCACCGGGCCCUCGCCGCGGCCCUCAUCCUAUGCGCCACAGUACUCAGAUGUUCGACGACGACGACGACGAUGACUUCUUCGAUCCCCCCGUGGGCCCUGGAAUGCCUGCUGUUGACGCCGACAAUUUUGACAUGAUGAGCGUCACGUCACGAAAGAAUCGCAAAGCCUCCGGCCCCCCUGCCUCUCAAAUUCGCCGUAACCCUGAGUUCGAUGCUCCCCCCCCUUCCCGCGGCGGCCGAUUCCGACCCAGCUUUGGCCGAAACCGUUCAAGCCAAAUUGCAUCGAUACCCAUGAUGACAGACAACAUCCUAGACGACCCACUUAUGAGCUGCUCGUCGAAUCGCUAUGGUACUGUCGACCGAGGCACCAUGAACGGUGGCUCCCGAGCCAACUCCCUGACGGCCUCGAGACUUGAUGAGCUGCAAUACGGCCAGGCUCCCGGUGGCCCUCCAGGAAUGAACUAUGGGCGUCGCGCAAGCCAGUCCCCCGGAAACCCAUACAGUCCCUCGAUGCGCGGCGGUGGCGGCAGACCUUCGCCCCCCAACGGUUACGGACCUCCCAUGAAUGGCCGUCCCUCUCCGCCCGAGGGUUUGAACAGCAUAUUGGGCGCGGGCAGUGGUGAAAUCGACUCCGAAAACUCGGCACGCAGCAGCCAGACCAGCCUUCCUCCUGCGCCACCAGCAGCUACCAGUGUCCACUAA